GUUCUGCCGGGGCAGUCACCCUGCGGGCACCCAUGUGGCUGCUGACCUCGCUCCUGUGCCUCUCGCUCCUCCUGGCACAUGGCUACCAAAAAGAAAUAAUUGGCAUCAUGGGAGAAAAUUUUACUUUUCCAGUACAAAUAGACCAAAAAACAGUGGACAUUGUCUGGAAGAAAAACAAGCAUAAAGUGGCUGAAUGGGAGGAUCAAAACAAACUGACAUAUUAUAGUCCUCUUCGCGGCAGGAGUGUACUUAUGGAGAAUGGAUCCUUGACCAUAGUGAACUUGGAGAAGGAUGACACUGGCACAUAUGAGUUAGUGUACUGGGAUUCUGUAGAUUCUGAAGAACACAGCUUAAACUUCGAACUUGUUGUGUUAGAUUCUCUUCCAAAACCUGAAAUAAAUUGCAGCACCAGUGAUGAUGAACUUGUAUUAAACUGUACAGCAAAUUUUCAGGCAUCUCUGAAUUACACUUGGAAGCUCAGUAACAAUCCACACAGAUAUCGGAACCAGGAGCUUUCUGUCCCUUUGAAGAAUGUUGAUAUUACCUCCAAUGCUACAUGUAUCAUUAAAUAUUCACAAACAGAAAGGAGCUCUGAAAUCUCUUUGAUUCAAUGCCUUCCAGAAGAAAAAGGUAAUAAAUGUGUCAUGUUGCAAACAUAG